CAUCGCUCGAGGUCGUCGCUGAGGACCACGAUGGACGAGAUCGCACAGACGCUCGCUGCGCGACUUGUCGAGGGUCUCAACAAGAAACCCACAAACGAACGCAUCAUCGCCGGCCUCGCGGGCGUUCCCGCCUCGGGAAAAUCCACAUUGGCCCAGCUCGUCGUGCAGCACACCAACGCCCUCCUCGCAUCCCAAGCGGCUGACCUCCUCGAGGUGCCACCCGCGAUCCUCGUCACGCAAGAUGGCUGGCAUCUCCCCCGUUCGGCGCUCGACGCGAUGCCAGACCCCAAGGAGGCACACGACAGGCGCGGCGCGCCGUUCACAUUCGACGCCAAAGGGUACCUCGCGUUCGUGAAGGCGCUCCGCACCCCUGUAACCGCGGACGUAUUCGCGCCGACGUUCGACCACGCGAAAAAGGAUCCGGUGUACGACGACGUGCGCAUCCGGCCGCAGCACCGCGUUGUGCUUAUCGAAGGAUUAUACGCGCUGCUCAACGUCGAAGAGUGGGGGGAAGCCGCGAUGCUGCUCGAUGAGCGGUGGUUCGUCAAUGUGCCGAAGGACAUUGCGCGUACGAGACUUGUGCGCAGGCACCGCAUUACGGGUGUCGCGGGAAGUUGGGAGGAGGCCGUUUGGCGGUCGAACACCAACGACGAGCCUAAUGGGGACUUAAUCAGGGCACACGUAGCGCCCACCACAUACCCGUUCAUCGAGAGCUUGGAGGACACUACGAUGGUGAUGGUGGUGCCGCCAGAGCUGCUACCCAAACUAGGAGAGGAUGUCGAUGAGGUUUACUGGAAGUGAUUCAUGUUCAUGGGUCGGUAGGCCGCACCUUAGCUGCAUCACGUAUAUCUGACCUUGAACGAUAUUCUUGUCAAUGCAAUGUCAAUGUGUAAGGUCCG